AUGCAAAACACCGAAUCAUUUCCAAGUACUGAAUUUGAAGUUGGAUGUGAUCUAAUCCCGGAAUUGCUUGAAGAAGAUUUCCCUGCAGAGUCGCCCAAUCUAUUACCAGAGAUACCUCCACGACCCCAGCUGGAAAUGAAGGUGCAAAACGUGAGGUUAGCAAAUGAAAAUUGAUAUUUCAGAGCUGUUAGCAAAAAGCCAGCCUGUAAAUUUAUUUAAAAAAAUAAUUAGUUCUAAUUUCUAAUAUUCUCAUAGCACGAUUUUCCGUUGCCUUUUUACCAUAGAUAUUUCCCUCUUAUUGCGAUGUCUGCUAAGCAUGGCGAUAUAGAAAGUUGUAUAGGUUUGCCUUCAAGCCAAAUGGCGGCUGCGGGAGCGAACGAUUUUGUUUCUAAGAGAGAAUGACGGAUUUUAACACAUGUUUGAAUGCGUCCAUAAUAUUUAUCUAGCGGAAAACAAGCAGGCAACUUUAACUACUUGUAGGUGUGAUUUCAUGAAGCUCUGUGCAAUAAUGAAGUGAAUAGCCACGAAAAUACGUGGACAAGAAGGCGACAUGUGAAUAUUCUUGGCUGAGAAUCUCUUGCAAAUUGACGUUUUUGCUUAUAGGAUCGGAUGGUUUUUUUUGUUCAAUUAAAUAUCUCUGAGAGAUACUGUAUUUAUACUGGAUCCCUAUUUUAAUUAGAUCCUGCAAAUUUAUAAAUGCCAUGUUUCCUCUGUGAAAUUAACAAGUUUUGUCAUGAUUUUGUUUUUAAUCAUAAAAGAGCUCUCGUCUCUUUUAUCAAAUUUGUAGGCCUAAAUAUCGUCAAACCGGAUAAAUUGCCUUAAAUUAAGUUAAGUUAUAAUAGCAAGAAUAUUUAAUAGUGAAUGUGUCCUCUUUAUCUCAGUUCCGUAUUUUGCCAUGAUUUUGUAUACAUUUGCUCUUCCGUUAUCCAAAGAGAAAACCCGAUCUGCCAAAAAAGAUAUCAUAUCGCUUGUGUAGCAUUUAGCACAUUUUAUCUUCCACCUCAUGAAGGGCUCGCCAAAACCACUUCCGCUAGUGCUUUUUUCGGCGAAAUGCGAACAAUCUUGCGAAAUGAAUGGGGAAAAUUGUGCUUCACAAGUGAGAAGAAAUCAGUUCAAUUCGUACAGAUAGCGAAAAAAGUCGGAAAAUUCAAUGGAUGAUUCCAGCUAUAGACUAAAUUUUGAUCUAGGCAAGAAAAACAAAAUCCAUCACCACAUCUAUCAAGAGCAUGUUAAAAUUAGUAAAAUUGCAAUGGUUGGGUGCGAAAUGUUGUAAAAUGAGGAAAAUAUAGCCCUACGAAAUUUGCAAAUUUUGUAUUAAUUUGUAUUACGUACGGGAAAAUGCACCACUUUCAGCACAAAUGUACAGCACCUGAAAACCCGAUAACAUGAAUAUUCUAGUCUAUCUAAAAAAAGGUAAAACUCACAGGCAAUUUUAAAUACAAGCAUGAAACUUUCAUGCAUAUACGAAACAUGUAAACAUGAAAUAAAAAUGACUCCUUUUUAAGUAAAAAUGGAUGACUCAUUUUUCUAAGUAAAAAUGAAUGACUCGUUUUUUUAAUGAACAUUUUGUGAUACCAUGGUAACAAUAGUGGUGGUCAUUCACCUUUAAACCUUUUUUUUUUCAAUUUAUGCCAUAUUAAUGUGAAAGUAUCAUUUUUAGAAAGAGUUUGGUGAUAGAAAAUGACUUAUGCAAAAAAAUUUUUCACAAAGUCACUAAUUAGACUAAUUAGCCAAUAUGGCGGCCGCUAAUUAGCCCAUAAAUGCUCAACGUUUGAAACAUGAUAUCACAUGAACCAAUUACUCAAAUUUAAUGUAUGAUAUAUUUUUAGAAAGCUUAGAACCUAAUCUAGUGCCUUCCUUUCUUUAUUUUCACCUUAAAGUUGUUUUUUUCAAAAUGUUGAUAUUAAAUGUGAAUAUUAAGGGAAAAUUCAAUUUUUCGACAGCAAUUUAGGUAAUUAAAUAUCAAAUUUUUGUUAAUAAUGAAACAUAUUGAGAUUUGAAGAAAGGAAGGCACUAGCUAAAGGCAUUAGCCAAUAUCAUGCCAAGUUUCAACUAUUUACAGAAAAUAUUGAAGACGAUAUGAUGCAACAAAGAUUUCUCGAAACAGCAAAAUCAUCAAAAUGAGAAAAUGCUGUUUUGAAGUUUCGUUCUGUUUUUUUUUUGCUUCAGAAAUGUUCAGAAGGCCCCUGCUUCAUAAGUAGUACCUUCAUUGUCUUGCACAUCAUCAAUAUAAUGUUUUCUCAGAUGUCUCAAUGUUUUCCUUCUGCUUUUCACCUUCUCCGUUACUUUCUUGGCCGACAGUUUGAUCCUCGCUGUGUCACUAUCGUGUGCACCCUUGCUGGUGAAUAUCCCAGGAGUGAUAUCCAAAUCACUCAGAAUCUUCAAAAAGGAAAUGUCCCCAUCAUUGAACCUUAGGACAGCAAGAUAAGUGGCAAGAGCAACAGUCUCCUGCUCCACAUAUGUGGAUUUAGGACAUCUGUCCCAAAUAAGUCCGUUCAAACAUUCAUUGACAUUCUGUGUCAUGCCGUGAGUGCACUUACUUAAUAAGUCAGUCUUACUUAGAUCAUCAAAUAUGGGUUUGAUUACAUUCAUAAUACAUGGUGGAAUACCAUUCUUGUGUUUAUAAUUAUCCUUAUCCCUGUUAUAGCCACACCAACUGUCCUCUCCAUCAGGACAGAGGUGAUGUUGUGGAUUCUCGUCUGUCGAUACAACAUGGUACAGUGAUGCUUCUAUGGCCGUAGCCAUUUCACCAACAUCACUGAGGUUUUCUCUCACUGCCAGCCCAUAAUAGUUCUGAAGAACAUCUAUUUUGCUAUCAGUGAGCCUACCUUUGCCAGCCAAGCCUUUUCCAUCUACCAAUUUUACACCUUUACUUUGAUUUUUUAAUUUCCGCAACCGACUACCGACCCUUUUCUGGACAUGUCCAAUGCAUUCCAUUUUAUUUGGUAUGCAUUCAUCUCCAUAUGGCUUGCUUUCAACAAUUUUGUUGUAAGUUGAGGAAUCCCCAUCACCAAGCAUGUUCUUAUACUUGAGUCCUCUUGUUUGAAACGACCGUUUGAAGAUUCGUAAAGCACCAACUGUCUCCAUGCUGUUUGCACUUCCUACAUGGUUAAUUUUGCAGUUGUGUGUAGCUUUCCAUUCUUCAUAUCUUGGAUCACUUUCCUUCUUUUGCCACUUUUGACAUUGUGUGCACUUGUCUGACAUCACUUCAACAUCAAGACAUUUCUUCGAAUCCAGCGAAAUCACUGUCACAAUGCCAUUGUGUGACGCAUGGCCCCUCUUCUGCCACGUACCAUCGAUUAAUACCCCACAUUCUCCAGCAUCAUUGGCAUUCUGUUCCCUCGCUUCCAUAGCAUUAUUCACCAUACUAUCACUAGCCAAUUGCUUUACCACAGGUAGGAGCUUUUUAUUCUGAAUCUUAGUAAAGAUGCGACGUGUUGGCGGUUCAGGCAUAUUCAUAACUUUGCUGAAGGUUUUCAUGGCACUAUGUCCUCUACCAAUUUCUCUAAAUGCCAGGACUGCUCUUAGGUUUAUCUCAUGAGAAUGUCCCUGCUUUUUUGAUGUACUAAAACAGUGUUUCCAGUCACACUCCACAGCUUUACACUUUAUCACAAUAUAAUGGGAAAAGCCAUGCUUCUUCUUCAGGUCAACAUGUGAAUCUAUAUCACCACCACACUCAGGACAUUUUAAAAUGUCAUCGAAAACACCAAAUAGGGCAGAUAAAUCCAUAAAAAUUGUACCUUCCUUCAAAUUAGUGCUCAUACCAGCUGAAAUAUCAUCAAACUUUGCCGUAUUUUCACCAAUUUUCUUGGCAGAAGGUCCAGGGUUUUUAUAAGUGGAUCCGCCAUCUUGGAUAAUUUUUCGCCUCUUUGACGGUGGAAUUAUUGCUUUCUUUCGCGAUCUGUUUCUAGUAUUUCCCAUUUAUUUACUUCGAUAUACAAUCAGAAUAACAAAUAGAAGAUAUUUUAAUACAAAGGAAGCAACUUUUCGACUAAUAAAACGUUAAAAAACAGCGAUUUUCGAAGACGACUUUUCACACAACACGUUGCGACUAGACCACAAGUUCGGCAUAGAAAGCUCGUUGCCAUGGCUUCAAAAACGGACCAAUCACAAACAGACUGAAUAAGAAGGUCUUAAAGACCAUACAUCAAAAGUAGAAAUACUAAAGAAUCGUUUCUAUUGAAUAUUUCAUGCAUUUUUUGGAUGAAAACGCGUUGCUAAGGCGUUGCUAUGGAGGAAAUUUCGCAGCCUUGCUACUUUAAACGCAUUUUUCACUUAUAAAAAAUAAAAAUCUUGCGAAACUAACUAUAAAUUCUAAAACUACAAUAUUUAAAAUACUUAAAAUGCAUUUAAUAAAAAUUUCGAAAAAAUUACUUUGAAAGGGGGGAAUGACCACCUGCAGUAUCUGGAACAUUCAUUAGCAUGAAUAAGGUCUCUAACAGUCUAACAUUAGAUUUGCAUUCGUCAUUUAGAUCAAUCAUCAUAAAAUCUCUAAUUGAGCCCAAACUGGGGAUGAUAAAUCAGCUGAAAGAAGGUCUUCUUGUUUGUGGCUUGCUUGAAGCCAUCCAGAAAGAUCCAGAACUUUUUAGACCAGUUUUUGUCCACACUGAUUUGUUUGCAGUUACAUCAGAAGAAUUUUUGGAUGAAUUAAAAGUUACCUAUAGCGAGAAACAAGUGGAGAAAAUGGCAGAGGAAACAACUUUUAAGCACUUUUGUGAUCUUGUUGAGCAUCUCUACCACAUUGGCAAGUAUAUAAAAAAAAAUUUCAGAAAACCUACAAUAUACUGUUUCUUUUCAUAACCUGCCAUCAGACUUUGUAUUCACAACCAAUAACAAGUUUAAAAAUAUAAUAAAUCUCACAAAAUAUAGUUUUGAUCACUCACUAAAACUAGUCACUAUGACUAGUUUAGAUAAUGCCCUCCUGGCUUAUCAGGUUUAUUACUUCCAGGAGGGCAUUAUCUAGACUAGUUAUAGUGACUAGUUUUAGUGAGUGAUCAAAACUAUAUUUUGUGAGAUUUAUUAUAUUUUUAAACUUGUUAUUAGCUGUGAAUAGCUCAGUGUUCUCUCAGUCAAACUUUUUAUUAGCUGUGAAUAGCUCAGUGAAUAGCUCAGAGUUCAAAGGAUGCCGACAGGCUUAACCCCUCAGAAACGACUUUUUGAGUCACCCUUCAGAAAAACUAAUCCGUAGGGGUGGGACAUUAAAUGUAAUGGCCCUUAUUAAAACCCAUUGAGUCGCAUUGCGCCCUAAUUUAUUAUUUUACUCUGUCUAUCGUCAGACGACUUUACUCAUCAAGGGGAGAGCGCUGUUGCUUAAUUUGUUUACUAACACCACACUAUGUCUAUAUUUUAGGAAUAGAAGAGCACAAUCUUCAAUUGAGAGAUCUCAUGAGAUUUAUCACUGGGUCAUUCCAGCUACCCCCACUUGGUCUUCCAGGAGCAAUUGAGGUCAAGUUUGUUCAUGGUUGUGCUGAUGGUUGUAAGUGUCGUCCCACUGUAUCUACAUGUAAGUUGGUGCUGAAAAUUCCAGUCCAUGCAUCAACAUUUGCAAACAUGAAAGAGAUGAUGACUUCAGCAAUGUUAGAAGGAUUUGGUUUUGGAAAAUUAUGA